UUGCAAAAAUAGAUUAACGAAGUUGCGGAGGGACAUCAUCUCGUGACUACAAGGAUACGUCGUUUUCUCGGUAUAGUUCCUCGAUUUGCUAUCGAAAGCUACUUUUUAGAUUCCGAGCUUAUUCUAGAGACGUCCAUUGAAGCCCACGCAGGCUUCGAAGCAACCCCUUCCGAGAUCCGACCUUUGAGGUCUGUGUGCACUUAGCACGUUCAGAUGAAGUCUGCCUCUAGGCGCCUCAGUGUGUUGGUGUGUCGUCGCCUCUGGGGCACAUCUUCCGAAUUGUCCCGAAACUAGACAUUGGUCCGUGCGUAGGAGCUGUGGUUAUGACAGAAUUAUGGUUACAGACUAGCCUCUGUAGUACUUGUAUUCAGGCUCUGAAAACUUGGACAGUUUGAAAGGUGAGUGAUAAUCAAUUUGUAAAGAACAUUGCUCGUGUAUUUUAUUUAUCAGAUGUUGAUGAUGUCUCGGUCUUGUUCCGCGAGCCCUCCGUCACCAGUAUCAUACCACGUAUGAACCCGAUGGUUUACAGUUGUCGGUGGAGCAAACUUCAAGGACCACGACUGGAAGCCUUUACGUGGAUUUCCAUAUAUGCAGAGACUCGAAUAAAGGACCGCAAAAAUGACAGUCUGCAACCUGCUUCUCAAGGUCAAGCGAGCCGAGGGAGUGGAUGCCUGCGUACCCUUCAAAACCCACACCCGCGUAUACGUAACAGUUACACACAAGGGAACCGUCUAUACAACCGCUUCGAUAGAAGAUAUGGGACAGAAUCCGAAUUGGGAUGAAGGGCUCCGCGAAGGAGCCAUUUGGUUUCCAGUGAUUUUUGACAUAAAAGACACCGUCAUCCUGGAGCUGUUCAACAGUAAAGACAAGAGUAUAGGGAAGGCGAUACUUAACUAUGCGGAAAUACGAGAUAUGCGUGCGGGGCAACAGAAAGACAUUUCCUUGCAAGUGAUGGUGCCGAGGUUCACCUCAUCCAGGCAGAGGCAGUUCGGAGACUUAUUCGUAGCUGUGCAGAUGACGGCGCAGCAGGCAAGAGGAGAGCACGGCGAUCUCCAAUUGAAGCUGAGGGGAGGAUACGUCAAAGGAAUGACAUCUAUAUUAUCAAGAGUUUCGGAAGUCAGUGUAAAGCUGAGCUACUUACACACAACAUACAAAAGUGGAAUACUUGGGGGUCAAGGAGACAAGUUCUUGUGGGUUGACGGAUCCUUCGAGAACACCUUCACUUUUCUGAUCGACACGCAAAAUGAAAAUCAGAUAAUCAAGGUUCAGGUGUACAAUUAUCAACUCUUGGUUGGAGAAUGCGUGGAAACGGUGGGAAAGUUCAAAAGAGAACGCACGGUAGCGUUGCCGUUGAAUGCGAGGGGCAGAUCUGUGGGCAACAUCGAAGUGGCUACCGAAUUCACAUUGAAUCAUUUCACACGUACUACACCCACGUACCCGAACGGGAGCGAACAAAUCCCAACCUCAUUUCCAGAUUCUCCCUAUUCUACGCCGGAGAUGAAUAUGCACAACAUGAUGGAUUCCUUUGUGAAUUCCUUCGUCCCGCAGAUUCCAGCGUUAGAUAGAACCAGAUCCGGCUUCUAUUCCAGGAGUUAGUCUGUGAAAUGCAGACCUCUUCCCUGGAGGUUGCACGCCACCUUUGUCUGCCAUCCAACCUGCAGACGUAGUGUCGGUAUCGGUUCCGCCACCAGCUUCCGGGCGGAGCUCCCGAGGUGUGGAAUUUGUAGCCUUGUUUUAGAAGACAAAAGAAGAGUGUAAAUUCGGUUUGAUGUAGAUACAUUUUGCUCUUCUGACUCUGUUGCUUCCGCGCUUGCCACGAAAUGCAACUUCCGGAUCUGUUGGGGCGGCUGCCGCGUCAUUACUUGUCACAAUGUUUGCCAUAUUAACAGUGAAUAUCCGAGUUUUUGAAAGAGGCCUUGCAACCACGUAAGCCCAUUUGUGGUGGUGAUGGUGGUGGUCAUGUAUUCUGUUUUGUAGAAAAUAAACAACCCAAUUUUUUAAUA